AUGUCGGACAUCUCCUCCUCUACUACUCCUUCUAUUGUUGCUGGUGAGACCUCUGCGCCCAAGAGCAAACUACCACAUCUUCUUGCAUCUCCACCACCAACCUCAGAUCCUACCUACAAUUCAUGGCUCUCAUCUGAUUAUUAUGUUAUGACUUGGCUUCUCAACAGUAUGGAAACACAGAUCAGUAGCAGCGUUAUGUUUUUAACCACUGCGAAGGAGAUGUGGGACAACCUAAAGAUUAUGUACGGGAACGAGAAGAAUGUUUCUCGUGUAUUUGAAAUUUAUGGACGACUGUUUGCGCUCAAACAAGGAGAUAAGUCAGUUCCGGAAUUCUUUGGUGAAUUGAAGAGACUGAUAGAUGAACUAGAGAUGCAUCAGCCUGCAGUAGCUGAUGCAGCGACGCUAUUAGGGUAUCGUCGUGAUCUGGCAGAAUCCAAAUUUCUUUCUGGGUUGAACCCUAAUUUACAGUCCCAGGUGAGAGGACAGAUAUUGGGUGGAGAUACAAUUCCCUCACUGACUGCUACAUUCUUCAGAGUCAUGCAGGUCUCUACUGGUGUUACUUCUGAUACUACUACACCAUCUCCACCUACGAUGGAUCAGUCUGCCAUGUUCUCUAAUCGAGGCAAAGGCCGCGGUCGUGGUCGUGGCCGUGAUUCAGGGGGAGGACGUGGUUCCUUUGGUGGGAGGCAAGGUGAAUCUGAUAAGGGCUCACGACAGUGUGGUCAUUGUGGGAGAACCAAUCAUAUUUCUGAGAAGUGCUGGGAGAAGUUUGGUCGUCCUCAGUGGGCCCAUGUAGCUGAUACAGAGUCGACUAACUCAUCUAUUUCUGCUACUACUUUUGGCAGAUUAUGA